AUGGCCCUCUUCCUGGAGGGGGCCACUGGCUCUGACAUCAAAAGACCUGAGCUUCACCCCUACACCAGCCUCAAUGCAGCCCGCCUCAAGCUCUCUGGAUCCGCUGGCUUUUGGCCUCUACCUUUCCUGCAGCCCAAUCUGAUACUGCCUUUCUUGGAGCCAAAGGUCCUUCGCUUCCGUGAGGAAGAACCCGAGGAGCCCCAUCCGAGCAGAUGUUUCGACUCAGCCGAGGAGCUUGCUGCUCUGUUCUGCAAGUGGGACAGGCAAGGUCUGCUUGGGUUUACUUUUGAGAAUCAUGAGGAGUGGAUGAAGGUCCGAGUGUUCAAUGCGCGCAAGAACGACCUGUGCGACAGGCAGACAGGGGAUAGGAGGCGGGACUUUUACCACCAGAUCAUGAUCUCUCGCGAGAAGGCUGCAUGCAACCCCGUUGGCCCCCGAAUCUCUUGCCAGGAUGCCCUUGCUUAUGCUGCCGGCCGGGAGAUCCUCAGUGAACGAUCCCCAAAGGAGAGGGAGGCUGCAGGUGAUGGUCUUUUUGAGGUCGCCAGGCAGAGCGCUCUUUCAAAGGGUGCCACACGUGACAAGCUGCCUCCCUCGGUACAACCUUGUUUUACCGCGAUCCUGCAGGGGGAUCACGGCGGAGUAGAAUUCGCCACCAGUGCUCAUGAGGGCCUACUGGUCAGCGGAGGGCUGUUGCAUGAGCCGACCCGAAUUCUCAACCAUCACCCUUUCCCUUCGGGCAGCGAGCUCCAGGGGUUGGUAAUCGACGAUUAUUUCGUCAUUACCCAAGAGCCCGCGGAGCGGUUGAGGGAGAUCGAGACCGAAGGCCCCCGUGCAAACACCCUUUGCCGAGAACGGCUUGAGCAGGCUCUCGAGGUAUACAAGAAACAUGGUGUCAUUGGCUCCCCUGAGAAAGACGUUGCCAAUGCGCUUCUGUUCACCGUCGCAGGCGCGCAAGUGGACUCCACACGGAGAGCCCUUCGCCAAGGUCUAGUUACUGCCGCCUCCCCUGCCGAGAAGCGCUGCGCGCUGAGCUGGGCAACGCUCUCUGCUGCGGCCCUGCCUGUCACUAGUAGGGGUCUCCUUGAGCGAUUAGUCGGUUCUUGGGUUCACUGUAUGAUGUAUAGGAGGCCCACCGUCUCUUGUUUCUCCAAGAUCUACAAGGUCAUUCACUCGGAAGAAGCGCAGGCGUUCGAUCAAGACGAGAUCUUCCGCUUGCCCAGGGCUGCUGCUGACGAGCUAGUUGUUGCCAGCAUCCUCUCGCCGCUGAUGGCCAGCAACCUUGCCGCGAAGCUGCAGCCCAGACUCUUUGCGUCUGAUGCUUCGUUAGCGAAAGGGGCCAUUGUCAGCACACCGCUCUCCGAAAGCGAGGCUGAGCUUCUUUGGAGGACUGCCGAGAGGAAAGGCGGCUACUCGAAGCUUGACCCCGCGCCGAGGGCCAUCCUCAGAGGUCUCGGUGACCCUGAGCUCGAGGAGGAUGUGCUGGCAGGUUUGUCCCCUGGACCUUCGCGGAACCCGCUUCUUCAGUUUGACUUUGUGGAGAUCUGUUCCGGCUCCUCGAGAAUCUCCCACUUCUGUGUGCAGGCCGGCCUGGCCGUUUGCCCGCCUCUCGACCUCGAACUCAGUAGGCAGUAUGACCUCUUGAGCGCCGAUGUCAUUCUCUGGAUCGUUGAGAUGCUCCGGGAGGGCAGGCUGCUGUCUGCUUUUGUGUCGCCUCCUUGUACCACAUUCAGCCCCGCUGCUCACCCGGCUCUCAGAACAUAUCAGGACCCAUGGGGUGACCACUCGCAUCCCAAAGUCAGGGUACGGAACAUCUUGGCUCAGCGUGCGCUCGCUGUCAUCUUCACUGCUAGGACUUACGGCAGGGGUGCAGGGGGCGAACAGCCUCGUAGAUCCAAGAUGGGUCGCUCCUCCAGCCACCGCCUGAAGGCACUGUUGGGUCAGGUUUGUGCACUUACUCUCGCUAGCGGCGCCUACUUCGGGGAGAACUUUGUCCCCGUGUCCUUGCUCCUUUAUCGGCUGCCGCCCCAGCUCCGCCUGCCGCUUGCCUGUGUGCGCCUAAAGCGCUUUGCUGCAAACUGGCUUCGCCUUGCCAUCCUCCUCGCCUUUUGCCAUCAGGCAGAUGCCUCUGAGCCCGAGCACGACAUGCCUUUCUUCGCCUGGAGUGACACCCAGUGCGAGCCUUUCUUCAUUUCUCCCCCGAGGGCAAAGGACGCGCCCUACAGCCUUCCAAGGCCCGCCUCGUGCUUCAUAUCUGGAUUUCUCCUUGCCUUCGCCCUCUCGGGAGUUCUCCCGAAGACUGAUUCAAACAGGCAGAUCCGGCUGGAAGAGGUCGUCUCCGCCAACGGACUCGACGCUGAGUGUGUGAACCGCUUGGUCAUUGACUUCGGGCAGUUCUUGUUUAGGAACGGGCGACCUUAUGGCCACUUCUCAGAGCUGAUCAAUGCCAUCUCCUCGGUUAGGCCUAUCCUGCGGAAGCAGUUAGGUGGGGCCUGGGACCUCGCUUACAAUUGGCUCGCGCUUGAACCUCAUGUUCACCACAUAGCAUUGCCGGGCCUGGUGUUGAUCGCUAUGGUAACGACGUGUCUGGUUUGGGGCUGGACCCGGGAAGCUGGGCUUUUUGCGCUAAUGUGGGGAGGGCUCUGCAGACCAGGCGAGGUUAUUACCGCUUGCAGGAAACACCUCGUCCUACCUGCUGAUGUGCUUGGUUCGCAGGUUUUUGCGCUUCUGAGGAUAGAGGAGCCGAAGACCAGGAAGAGAGCUGCGCGGCAUCAGGCAGCAAAGGUCGACCUGCCGGACCUCUUGGAGGUCAUCACCAUUGCCUUUGCGGGUCUAGAACCGGCGCAGCGGCUAUGGAACGUCGAGCGGGAGAUGCGGGAAAAGUGG